AUGGCGAUGUGCGUCCAUCCCCCCCAAAAGUCCUCCUACUACGAUCGCAACCUCCGUCAAGGGCCCGCCCUCAUCAGAGCCCGCAAGCCCUACCUCACCAAGAACCUCGCUGUUGGCACUGGACUGUGGUGCUUCGUCGGCGCAGUGUAUUGGUAUACGAUUAAAGCGGUCGGUCAAGAUGAGUUUGAAGACGUCAAGGUCCCCGAUGCUCCGAGGCAGCCAGCAAAGUCCAACUAG